UGAGUUCAUACAAUACUACUGAGACAUCCACAGCUUAGCAGAGAGAUACGGUGAACCGCCUAUCCCGGCUCCUGUAAGUGAUGCUGCACUGAGGCACACUUUGAUCCAACUCCACUGGGGGAACGAUGCACUCUUUGCACCCCUCAUUUAAGAGUUAUUUUCUUUUCUUUUUUGGCAGCGUGCGCUACCUUACGUCCGUUAAAGAAGUGGUUCUUGAAUAAAUUUGGUUUAAGGUGUCAGUUGUUCAUUAGAAGUCUUUCCUUAUUCUUUUUUUUUUCUUAUCCUUUUUUUUUUUUACCCUCUUGGAUUGAAGUUAGGCUCUCAGCACAAAGGGCAAUUAAAGCGAGCCCGACUCUCAUUCUGAGCUGGUGAAAUUCCAAAAUCACAUUAAGGCUAGGGAUACAAAGUUUCUUUGAAACAGCCUUGGAUCACAGCGUAUCUCCGCCUGUGGGAUUGCGAGCUGAAGACAGCCGAAGAGGAAUUACAGCAUCUUCUCCUAACUAAGUUGAUCGCUCCGCUUGCCAUUUUGCGUCUUGCACGCCGGGACCACCUUUUUUGUUUUAGCGCAUGGACAAGUUUUUAGAGUGGAUAACAUUUUUUUAUUGGUUUUUAUUAUUUUCAUUCUGAUGAGGACCCUGUCUGCACGUUUUCUCACUUCAGACUAAUUCAUGGCACUCUUUUUUUCCGCUCCGGCGAUGCGUUUUCGCCACGGUAUUCACCGUUGACUUUUUUCCCUCCCUCCAAUCCUUUUUCUACCGAGUAUUAAAGAAUUGCUGCAGCAGAAGUGAAGCACUCAUCAAAUCUCGAGUAUGGACUUAGCAAGUCAAACAUUUCCACUGGUGGUCCUUCUCACCUGUGUGUUAAUACUAUGCAAGGCCCAGGAGAGGGACUACAUAGUGAAGGAAGAGCAGCCAGAGAACGUUCGCAUUGGGAAUCUGCUCAAGGAUCUGGAUCUCAACCUAGAUCCUAGCAUCAGGCUGUCCUCUCCCUUACAGUUCAAGCCGGUGUAUAAAACAGGUGACGUGCCUUUGGUGAGAGUGGAGGCCAACACAGGAGAGAUCUUUACCACCAACCACAGAAUUGACCGGGAGAAGCUGUGCUCAGGAGUCUUCACUGAGAAACGCUGCUAUUAUGAGAUUGAGGUGGCGGUAUUACCUGACGAGAUCUUUCGAUUGGUCAAGAUCCGGUUCCUGAUUGAGGAUGUGAAUGACAACGCUCCACUUUUUCAGUCAACUGUAAUAAAUAUCUCCAUCCCGGAGAACACGGCCAUCAACACCAGAUACCCGGUACCUUCGGCGUUUGACCCUGAUGUAGGGAUCAAUGGCAUCCAAAAUUAUGAGUUGGUUAAGAGUGUCACUGAGUUCGGCUUAGACAUUAUCGAGACUCCUGAAGGGGACAAGUGGCCACAACUCAUUGUUCAGCAAAACCUUGAUCGGGAGAAGAGGGACACUUUUGUUAUGAAGAUCAAAGUGGAAGAUGGUGGAAACCCUCCCAAAUCCAGCACUGCCAUUCUCCAAGUUACUAUCUCUGAUGUAAAUGACAAUCGUCCUAUCUUUCAAGACAGUGAGCUGGAGGUCUCAGUGCCAGAGAAUGCUCCAACAGGAACAUCAGUUGCUCAGCUCCAUGCGACCGACGCAGACUGGGGAUCCAAUGCACAGAUACACUUUGCCUUCAGCAACCAGAUUUCUUCCUCAACCAAACGUCAUUUUGCCAUCAACAGCUCUACUGGACUGAUCACUGUGAAGCAACCUCUAGACAGGGAGGUGACCCCUGUUCACAAACUCAUCGUCCUGGCAAGUGACGGUGGCUCAACCCCAUCCAGAGCCACAGUAAUUGUAAAUGUCACAGAUGUAAAUGACAAUGUUCCUGCUAUAGACACUAGGUACAUUAUCAACCUUGUAAAUGGCACGGUUCUGCUCUCUGAGAAUGCACCCCUUAACACCAAAAUAGCCCUUAUUACUGUUACUGACAAGGAUGCAGAUCUGUAUGGAAAAGUGGCUUGCUACACGGACCAUGAUGUUCCUUUCCGGCUGAAACCUGUCUUUAAUGACCAGUUUUUACUUGAGACGGCUGCCCCCUUAGAUUAUGAGACAACUCGAGAAUACGCCAUUAAGAUAGUGGCCUCAGAUAGAGGGACACCCCCUUUGAAUACUUCAGCUAUGGUCUUAAUUAAAAUUAAGGAUGAGAAUGACAAUGCACCCAUCUUUCCUCAGCCUGAAAUUCAACUUUCAAUACCAGAGAACAAUGACCCAUCAACACAAUUGAUAAAAAUCAGCGCUACAGAUGCAGAUAGUGGAAGUAAUGCUGAGAUCAUCUAUACCCUUGGCCCCGAUGCACCUGAUGGGUUUCACAUAGACAGACGUUCAGGAAUCCUGUCUGUUGGCAAGCGCUUGGAUAGAGAAAAGCAGGAACGAUUUUCAUUCAUCGUCAUAGCAAGAGACAAUGGCUCUACACCGCUGCAGAGCAAUGUCACUGUUAGGCUAAUUGUUCAAGACCUUAAUGACAACAGCCCUGCUUUCACACACCCAGAGUACAACUUCUACGUACCUGAGAACCUGCCACUCUAUGGAACUGUUGGGUUAAUCACAGUGACAGAUGCAGACGCGGGUGACAAUGCUGCUAUCACCCUGUCCAUUUUGAAUGGUAAAGACAAUUUUAUUAUCGACCCCCAGACUGGUGUGAUCAAACCAAACAUCACCUUUGACAGGGAGCAGCAAAGCUCCUACACAUUUAUGGUCAAGGCAAUUGAUGGAGGGCAGCCUCCCACCUCUUCCUAUGCCAAGGUCACUAUCAAUGUUGUUGAUGUAAAUGACAAUCGUCCUGUGUUUGUCAUCCCGUCCUCCAAUUACUCAUACGACCUCGUGCGCACCACCACCACCCCUGGUGCUGUGGUGACAAGAGUGUUUGCCAUUGACAAUGACACCGGUAUGAAUGCUGAGCUGCAGUACAGUAUUAUCAGCAGCAUCAUCAUCACAUCUAGGGUCUCCCCUCGAGGUCUUUUUACCAUCGAUAAAAUAUCAGGUAAUAUAACCCUGCAAGAAAAAAUAGUUGGAGCUGAUUUGGGACUGCAUAGGCUGGUGGUCAAGGUCAGAGAUUUAGGCCAGCCUGAGUCUUUACAGGCUAUCACACUUGUUCACCUGUUUGUCAAUGACACUGUCUCAAAUGCUACCUUUAUUCAAGAGCAGCUGCGAAAAAGUAUGGAAACACCUUUGGAUCGAAACAUAGGGGACAGUGAGGUGACUCCUCAAGCUAAUGGAUAUGUAAUUGUUGUCAUAGCUAUCAUAGCAGGAACCAUGACUGUCAUAUUGGUGAUAUUUGUUACGGCCUUGGUGCGUUGCCGGCAGACACCCAGGCAUAAAGUGGUGCAGAAAGGCAAGCAAAGUGGAGAAUGGGUUUCACCAAACCAAGAUAAUCGCCAGAUUAAGAAGAAGAAGAAGAGAAAGAAGAGAUCACCCAAGAGCCUUCUUCUGAACUUUGUGACAAUAGAUGAGUCCAAGCCUGAUGACCCUACUCAUGAGCAUGUUAACGGUACAUUGGAUCUCCCUGUGGAGCUAGAGGAGCAAACCAUGGGGAAAUACAAUUGGGCAACUACGCCUACUACCUUCAAACCUGACAGCCCAGAUUUAGCCAAGCAUUACAAGUCUGCAUCCCCUCAGCCCACAUUUCAAAUUAAACCGGAAACUCCUGUGGCCCCAAAGAAACACCAUGUGAUCCAGGAGCUCCCCUUGGACAACACUUUUGUGGUGGGCUGUGAUUCACUUUCCAAGUGCUCAUCGACUAGCUCUGACCCAUACAGUGUCUCAGAGUGCAGCUGUCAGGGGGGAUUCAAGACUUCGGGGCAAAUCACCACCCGACAGGAGAUGGCACUGAAGCCACCACACUAUGGCACACUCUGUGGCACAGGUACAGCUCGCUCCCACAGGAUUAAAAUCAAUCUCUAGCUCCUACUUCCAAAAGAGAGAACAAAAAGGGACAAAAGAGGGAGAGGUCAAAGGGAGGAAAGAAGGAAGGCAAGAAUUGAUGAGGUGACACAAGUACUUUAUAGUCUCUGCUGCCUCAAAGUCCACCUCUUCAUUCAGUCCAGUAAAUUCAAAAGAUUCUUGAAAGGGAAAAGUGGAAGGGCGCCUCCCCUAAAGGAAAUUCAACAAACUCCUUCUGUAAAUCUGCUGGUAUUGAAGAGAAAAUGAACUUUUUCUGCUACGUUUUAUCUGAAUCAGUGUGGGUUGUUUGCCCAAAACCUUAUUCAAAAAAGAAAGAAGAAAAAAAAAUCCACCAAAUCUGUAGCAUAGUGGUCAAAUACGGUCAGUGGAUCUGUAAACUAUGUUUAUAUGUAUGUAUGUAAAUCCACCAGAAUUGAUGGUGUUUAGUAUUUAUUUUUUUGCAAUUCUUUGCCUUGUUUUUUAAGAACUUUUUUCAUGUUGUUCUAUCUGGAACUAGUGACGUAUAUUGUGCUGCAGGGCCUACAAACCCAAGGCUUACAUUGGUAUUAGAUUUUUCUUUUUUAUUUUUUUUAUUUUUAAUAACUGUGCUAAAGAUUGCCACGUUGUUAUUACACUGGAAGAAGUGGUAGGACAUGUUUAAUGCUUUGAGCUAAGCCACAAUCACAAGGGACUAACUGCUGGGGUCACAAUCAAAAGCUGUUUAUGUAGGGCAGAAUUAAAGAGCGCAGGGCCUAACCUUUUGUGUGCCCUGUCUUUCACUAAAUCAGUAGUGAUUUAAACAGAAAGAAACACAAUAAAAUGAUUCCAGAUGGUGAAAAAAAUGAAUAAAAGUAAUCCCUCGCCAGUGGUUCACAUCAAUUGGUGGACCUAAGGGAAAAAAAAGAGUUUGUAGAUUUGCUUGAACUGAAAAAAAAAGUCCUCUUUUUUUUAAAGAACACAACAAAGAGGUCAUCCAGCAUUAAAUGUUUAAAAGCUACAGUUAGGUCGCAUUGGGCAGGAACAUUUGCUUUGGGUUAAUCAGUCCUCUUCUGAGCAUUGGUUUGUUCUAACUUCUCCUGUAGAAUCAUCGCUUAUCCAACUGGCCUCCUUUUUACAGUAAACACCAGUAACUGAUGUGAUGGAUUAGCAGCUUUAUUGCUCAAUAGUGUUACUAAGUGGUGAGUUAAAGAAUUAUUUGGUAGCUAAAGCCUAAUGCUUAAUAUAAAAAUGUCAACAGACACAUACGUGGAAUCCAACAUACGUCCGCAACUACACCGUAAUUAGAGUGAUCAAAAUAGGCAUAGCCAUAGUACACAUACACAGUCUACAGACUAUGUCCAACUUUAAAGUUUCAAUUUGAUCUGUGUCACCAGAUUUUUUAUCGAAGGGGGUAUGUUUAUGUAAAUUUGGUAACAAAUGUAUUCACCAUGGCAUAGGAGCCACAGUAUGAAAUAUACAUCCUAGCACUGUGUAAUCAUUAGAUUUGCUUAAUCCUUGGGGGAAACUAUAUAUAUAUAUAUAUAUAUAUAUAUAUUCAUGGAGAGAGCUUUUGUUCUUGUAAGGAAGCCUGAACACCUCACUUUUAUUCAGUGUGAAGUACAAUAUGCACCUUACACAAUCUUUGUAAUUGACUUUGGUUUGCCAGUGUGGACAAAACUGUAAAUGUUUUGUUUAUGUAUGUGUGCGCCUCUGAAAAUUAUUAAAGUCUUUUGCAUUGUA